AAAGAGUAUGUGUAUAUUUUUUAAACUAAUUUAAUAUUUAAUAAAUAGAAUAUUUUUUGAAAAAAUAAAAGAAUAGUUAUUGGUAAAAUUAUUUUGAAAAAACUAGAAAAUAAAACAAAGUAAAAGUAAUUUAUUUUUUGUUAUUAAAAAGAAUAUUUAAUAUUAGCGUUGAAGUGAAAUAUAUAUAGAUAGAGAAUUUGUUGUGAUUGAAUAGAGAAGGGAAAUUCCAGGUGAAAUAAAUCAAGAAUGUGUAGUGUGGUACUAAAGAACAGAUACUGGGUUGUGAGACAUGGCAAGAGCAUUCCCAACGAGCGAGGACUCAUUGUUUCGUCGAUGGAAAAUGGGAUGCGCCCUGAAUUCGAAUUGGCACCCGAUGGCGUAAAUCAAGCUCAAGUCGCUGCAAAUUCAUUCGAAAAGGAACUAGAGGCUAAUAAUAUAGCAGUUGGUGAUGUGCGCAUUUGCUACUCUCCUUUUUCAAGAACAAAGCACACCGCUGAAGUUGUUGCAUCUGUAUUGAACAUUCCUUUUGAUGGCCCUCAGUGUAAGGUUAUCCUAGAUCUUCGAGAGCGCUUCUUUGGUCCUUCCUUUGAACUUCUCUCUCACGAUAAAUAUGCAGAUAUUUGGGAAAUGGAUGAGAUUGAUCCUCUUUUAGGUCCAGAAGGAGGGGAAAGUGUUAAGGAUGUUGCCGCCAGACUCUCAAAAGCAAUGGCCAUUAUGGAAUCAGAAUUCCAAGGAUGUGCAAUUUUGGUUGUAAGCCAUGGGGAUCCCCUACAAAUCUUGCAAACAAUUCUGCUUGCAGCUAAUAAUAAACACAAGGAUCUUGCUUCUCAUGACUUAGCUUCAAUGUUAGAGGCAGUUCAGGUGGCACCCAUCUUGUCCCAGCACCGCCAAUACGCACUGCAAACUGGACAGCUCAGGGGACUCAUUUAAGGUCUACCAUCAUAAACCCAAAUUAAACUUUUUCCAGUAUUUAUCAAAUAUUUUGUUUAUGAACAAGGUGGCUGUUAACAAGCUGCCAAAAGAUAUUUCUACAAAUUUGAAGAUUCAUUAUUAUAUUGCAUAGGAACAUGACAUCCUGAAUUUGUAACACAUUAUUCCUCACAGAUUACACUUAGUACUAGGACCACAAAAUGUUAUUGUGAACCUAAGAACUAAAAAUGAUUUGAGUGAAGCUUAGUUAUUGCUUCA